AUGAGGAAAACAACACAGCAAACAGCGGUAGGCGUACACCGGCUUAACGAUGAAAGGCUCACUGAUCUGGACUUUGCGGAUGACAUCGCACUUAUGGCUGAAGAUAAAGACGGAUUGCAAAAGGUCACCAAUUCUCUCAAUGAAGAAGCGAGCAUGGCUGGGUUGCGAAUUAUCGCCAGUAAGUCGAAAGCCAUGUCAAUCGGUCAAGCUUGUCCGCAAGUGAAUAUCAAUGUGGAGGACACAAUGUUGAAAACGUCGACAAGUUCACUUAUCUCGGGAGAGACUCCAGCCAAUAUGGUCACUAUCGCCCAUAUCUCGAAACAUCAAGAUCCGCCUAUAUUCUUCCAUUGUGAUCUCUGCCGCAAUUUAUGCAAGCGAAACAUGGAAAUACAUGGCGAGUUUAACCAAAAAGAUGGAUGCUCUCUACCAGAGAUGUCUGCGAAGGAUCAUGAAGAUACGGUACACGGAUCACGUUACGAAUGA